AUGGGUACUCAAAUGGAGGCAGCCCCGGUGCUGUCCACUCCGGACGACCGCAUGUUCGAAUUGACCGAGUCUGUCGCCCCGGCCCAGUCUCAGCAAGUGUCUGAUGCCGAACUUUCCAUCACCUACGAUAUCGAGCGCACCUUGAAGGAAAUCCGCCAGGCCCGAUACAAGCGCAUCGCUCUCCAAUUCCCCGAUGAUAUGCUCCCGGAUGCUCCGCGGGUCUUCCAGCUCCUCAGUCGCGGUCUCAAUUCAGAGGAAAUCGCCGGUGCGAAUGGAACAAAUGCGGGACAGUCGAAUGGUCAAGCCGACACGGAAGGGAACAUAACCGAGGGGGUGUCUCAGUUGUCUGUGGAUGAGAAGGAGAUUUGGUCGCCGCGAUUGUACAUUCUGGCUGACACCUCCUACGGCACAUGCUGUGUUGACGAAGUUGCGGCGGAGCAUGUGGAGGCUGACGUCGCGGUGCACUACGGACGGUCUUGCCUGUCACCAACCGCGAGACUGCCAGUGAUCUAUGUCUUCACAAACAAGGCUCUAUCUAUAGACCCUGUUGUUGAGGCUUUUAAGGCGACCUAUACCGAUCCAACCACCCACGUUAUUAUUGCAGCAGACGUCACCUAUGCCGGUCAUAUCCCAGAAGUGUACAAGCGUCUUGUCGAUGAUGGAUAUACCAAUUUGUUUGCUACGGAGGUAAUCCAUGAACCUUCGUCGGCCAUUCCUAACCGCUCAGUGCCGGAGUCUGUCAGGGAAGCCCCCGAUACCCUGUCCGAUUGGCAGCUGUUCCACAUCUCCGACCCACCAACUGCUCUUCUCUUGACCCUUGCUUCUCGUGUAGCUGCUAUUCAUAUCUACCCCACCAAUAAUCCAGGAAACGGCCCUGUCAAGCCUUUGCCGGCAUCGACUGGCGCAUUAUUAUCCCGGCGAUAUGCCUUGACCACCCGGCUCACCACAGUCCCAAUUUGGGGUAUCCUGAUCAACACUCUCAGUGUCAAGAAUUACUUGGGCAUCGUGGAACAUGUGAAAGAAAAGAUUGCCGCCGCCGGUAAAAAGAGCUACAUGUUUGUGGUGGGCAAGCUUAACGCUGCCAAAGUCGCCAAUUUUAGUGAGAUUGGUGGCUGGGUGGUAAUUGGCUGUUGGGAAAGUUCAUUGGUGGAUAGCAAGGAAUUCUUUACACCCGUGAUCACACCGUUUGAAUUGGAGCUAGCGCUGAAGAGUGACGAUGAACGGGUAUGGACGGGAUCCUGGCAGAGCAACUUCCAAACCAUCCUCGACAAGCCGAAUGGUGAGUUGGACGAAGCGGACCAGACAUCAAACGGUGAAACCAUGGAUGAUGAAGAUGACAUGUCGGAACCCGAGUCUGCACCGCCCGAGUUCGACCUUCGUACUGGGCGCUAUGUUUCCCAUUCGCGACCGAUGCGGGAUCCCGCACCCCGCGCUUCUACCGCGAUCGAUGGAUCUUCUGGGCCUUCCGCUGCUAGGGCGCUGGCCCGGCGGGCUAAGGGCGAUCUAGCGAUGAUCGGCGGUGCCGUCUCGCCAGGGGCCGAAUUCUUACGGUCGCAACGGACCUGGAAGGGGUUGGGUAGUGACUUUGACAUUCGAUACGAUGAUGAGGAGUCAGACAGUACGCUGGUCAAGGAAGGGCGCAAGGGUAUUGCCAGGGGGUACACCGUUGGCGAAUCAGAACAGAAACAUUAG